CAGGGUAGACCCAAAGCCACCCUCACCAAGGCGCCAAUUGCACAAUUUAUUAUGUGGAAUAAAAUGGAAUUCUUUCUUCAUCUUCUUCAUCAACAACCAACCUCCGACUUGCUUCUUCGCAACGAUUCACGGUCUUCUCUCUCUGCUCCACCAAUUCAGCUGGGUUUUUUUCGAGUUUGGAGAUAGCUCCUGAAACAUGGAACCAAAGAUGGAAGAUACUUGCCCAAUAAUCCAACGACCUUCCCUCAAAACUCAUCCCCGUUUCAACAAUUACUCCUUAUGGAAACACAAGUGUAGUUGAGAGAAAAUUGUUACAAAAGGGUACGAGAAGACCGCACUCGUUUGCUUUGGAAAAUGAGGUUGCCUGCUGCCCAAUCUUUCAAUCACAAGGAGUUUAUAAAAACUGCCUUUCAGGACAUAGUUUCUGAUGAACUUAAAAGAAUUAAAGACUCACCAAUAAGUGACUGUUUGGAAAGCUCAAACUCUGUUUCCUCAGCCCCUGAUGAAUUAUGGGAAUACAGUGGCCUUCAAGAUGCGUAUCAAGGUGAAUGCGAAGAGAUAUUGCUAGAAAUGCAAAGAAUAUUUUAUGAGGAUCUCAGGAGAGAGCCAGCAGAGAAAGAACCAAAAGAAGGAAUAGAAAGUUGGGAAGAUGAACAAGAUGAAUACUUGGCCCGUGCAGUUUACGAGCAUAUGCAAUUGAACGAUGAGCAGGUGCAGAAACAGAUAUGGUGCCCCAUCUGUAAGAGAGGAGAGUUGCAACAGAAUCAUCAACUUAUUUAUUGUACCCUUUGCAAACUUCAGCUUAACAGAGAUGAUGAGGUUAAUUUGGAAGUUCUACGGGAUCGAUUAGCUGAAGCACAUGUGGAUCAUUUGGAACGAGGGUGCAGAUUGAAACCCAAGUUUUGCCUUGAGACUAAAUUUGGUUUAACUGCAUUGUACAUCCUUUGCCAGGACUGCAGUACCUUCGAGAUUGUUAUUUAACUUCCUGUUCUAACUGCUUCAUAGUUCAUAAGAGCAUCAGGGGCCUCUGUUUCCCAAAGUUUUAGUUUCGAUUUUAGUUUAUUCCCUUUUGUCAUGCUUCCAUUUUAUCUGACUAUUCUUUCUUCCAUUUUAGUUUCAGUAUUAAUACAGUGAAACGUAAAUUUGUCC